AUGUGCUGCAAGCUAAAGACGUUCGUACGGCUCGUCAAUGGGUACAACAUCAUCUACAACCUGCUGGUCGCCGUCGUCCUCGGCUCUCUGACCGUACUUCUAUCGACGAUUCGUGGCCCAUGCGCAUGUUAUCUCGCGGUGGUUCCCGACGUCUCGUUGAACCACAGCAGCUACGAAGGAAUCGAGAAGAACUACAUGCGUUUCGACGUUCAGCAGCGCGAGGAAUAUCGCCACGAGUGCGAGGCCUGGCUGAACCACAUCGCCAACCGGGACAAAGAGAAGCGCAUGGACGAGAUGUACGACCUUGGCAAAUAUGCGCCGGAAGUGAAUGUCGGUCUCGAGCACGUCGAGUCUCCACUACUCCCUCCGAAACGCCGUCCGAUCGUCAUGACCACUUCCACGGAGAUGCCUCACUUCACCAUAUCCAAGAUGAUAUUCGUCAAUAGACUGUGUGUACUCUCCCAAAACGCCUGGGUGUUUGGCUGGUUUGUGCUGUUGCCCAUCUUUGCCAUCUUCGCGACGGUGCUCUCAUGUAUCGGAUCGUGGAAUGAGAACCAGUGGGGCUGGCAGACGCCCGCCAUCUGCGCCACGGCGAUCGCCCUCAUCCUCUCGGCGGUGCUCCUCUGGCAUACGGCUAGUGUGUUGCGUGACUGGCUUUACACCCUCUUGGCUCUGUACAUCCCGGUCCACCUGGUCGCCUACCUGCUGGUGCUGCUCGGCUUUGCGCGCUGGGCGUACAACACGGCCCGCGAGGAAUAUCGUCUCCUGCCCAUCCAACCCACCCAAGCCGAUGUGACGGAUGGGCCGAGUCAUCGAUCAAACAGCAGCCAUCGUGCGACGACACAUCGCGAACGGGCUCCACAUCCAUCCAAGAGAUCCGCCAGGUCAUCGGGAAGAUCAUCUGCCCAAAGUGAUGGACGGAUCAAGCGUCGCCCUAGCCGUCAUUCCCGGAAGGCCCUCAGCUCUCGCAGGAGCAACCGUAGC